GGGGACGGGCAGCGGCCUUGCGGGGAGCCGAGGGCGCGAUCGCAGCCGGAGAAGCCGCAAGUGCCCGCGCCGCCCGCUCGCCGCGCUCAGCCCGCGGUCCCCACGCCGCCCCCCGCCCCCCGCGCCCGGGCCCGCGCCGCCGCCGCCGCCGCCGCCGCCAUGGCGGAAGUCCACAGACGUCAGCAGGCCCGGGUGAAAGGAGAAGCCCCCGCCGAGUCCUCCGCACACCGCGAUGCGGAGCCGCUGGGGAUGGCGCCGGCCGAAACGCUGACGCUCUUCCUGAAGCUGCUGGCCGCCGGCUUCUACGGCGUGAGCUCCUUCCUCAUCGUGGUGGUGAACAAGAGCGUGCUCACCAACUACAGAUUUCCCUCCUCGCUCUGUGUUGGACUUGGCCAGAUGGUGGCCACAGUAGCGGUUCUCUGGGUGGGAAAGGCACUCAGAAUAGUCAAGUUUCCUGACUUUGACAGAAAUGUACCUCGAAAGACGUUUCCACUACCUCUACUAUAUUUUGGGAACCAAAUCACGGGACUGUUCAGCACAAAGAAACUGAACUUGCCCAUGUUUACAGUUCUGAGAAGGUUCUCCAUCCUGUUUACAAUGUUUGCUGAAGGAGUUUUACUCAAGAAGACUUUUUCUUGGGGUAUUAAAAUGACUGUAUUUGCAAUGAUUAUUGGAGCCUUUGUAGCUGCCAGCUCUGACUUGGCAUUUGAUCUGGAAGGAUAUGUUUUUAUUCUGAUAAAUGAUGUUCUCACAGCAGCAAAUGGUGCAUACGUGAAACAAAAAUUAGAUUCAAAAGAGCUGGGAAAAUAUGGUCUGCUGUAUUAUAAUGCACUGUUUAUGAUUCUGCCCACCUUGGCCAUUGCAUAUUUCACAGGAGAUGCACAAAAGGCAAUGGAGUUUGAAGGCUGGGCGGAUACCCUUUUCCUUUUGCAGUUCACCCUCUCCUGUGUGAUGGGGUUUAUCUUGAUGUAUGCAACAGUACUCUGCACGCAGUAUAAUUCUGCUCUUACAACUACAAUAGUUGGCUGUAUUAAGAAUAUAUUAAUAACUUACAUUGGAAUGGUCUUUGGUGGAGAUUAUAUUUUCACAUGGACAAAUUUCAUUGGCUUGAAUAUCAGCAUUGCUGGCAGCCUGGUGUAUUCUUACAUCACAUUCACUGAAGAGCAGCUGAGCAAACAGUCAGAGGCCAGUAACAAGCUGGACGUUAAGGGAAAAGGAGCAGUAUGAACAGGGCUGCUCCAGGACCUACCCCAGCUUCCCAUGGCUCAGAACACUGGCACUUCCCACGCAGAUAAUGAGAUGUCAUGAUUCCACGGGAGAGACUGUUCCUUUGCACUUGUACAAUCCGAGGAUUGAUUGCUGCCUUUUAAAAUUUUAUCAGAGAAACUGACUCUAUUUUAAGUAUUUUUUGUUGGAAUUAAUUUAUACCAGACUAGAAAAUGUACUGGGCCUUUUAAUUUAUUUGUGUUCUGUUCUGACAGUGUAACAUCAAGUGUUUUGAAGAUACUUUCUUCAGUAGUUUGAUAACGAGGUGUCCCUGAGAGCUGCAUAGAUAAUAUCUUCUAACUGGAGCCUUCUCCUUGCCACUGUGCCUGAAGACAGUUUAGCCCCUUCUCCAAAUGCAGCUGAGCAGCUGACAUUUCUCUUUUCUCUUCGUAAAGUCAUCACUGCAUUUGCCAAAGACAAAAUCCAUUUUGGCACACUCAUGCACAUGGACACACACACACACAGUCCAUGAGGUUUUUAAGAGCAUUGCUUUCCUGAGAACUUGGGGAUGAGCAGAGAGCAUUCUCUCCUCUGUGAUGUAGGCGGGAUAAUGAAGGGACAGAUGGCCUUUUACUCAUUUAUUCAUUGGAUACGUUCAUUCACCUGAGGCUUGCCAGUGCUGAGUGCUAGGAAUACUGUUGUUUUUAGGGAGAUGGCUGAAAAUCUCACUUGAGCCUCAGGGAUUGAAGGGAGGAUGAGAACUUGGUUCUCUUCAUCCAUUCAGGCAACAUUUAGGACUAAGACCUGCAAGGCUUAGGAGUGAGUGUUGUUUGUGCAGGCUAGUUGUUGCAUCUCUGCUGGAGCUGGCUACCUUUGCACUAAUGCACACACUAGCUUCUGUUUUGUUGGGUUUGGAAGCCAUUGGGCUAUGUGGACCCAAACAAUUUUGGUUUCUCAACAGGUGACCCAGGAAUAUUUUGAUUUCUUUUUCUGCUGGAGAAAUUUAAUAUUUGUAAGUAUAACUUGCAAGUAGGUAUUUAAAAAGAUGGGUUUGCAAGUUGCCUGUAGUCCUCGGGAUGAGGAAUCCACUGGAGGUUUGGUCAGUGGGACUGAGGCAGAUUCUUCAUAGGCAGUGUUUCUUCUUUUAGAUUGGAAGAGGACCUUGGACUCAAAGUCCUGCCUUUGCUUUCCUGAUUGUAACCUUGUCAUUGAAUGAGGACUUCAGGAGUCCCUGUUGUAUGCAAGCAUUUUGGGAUGCAGUUCUUGCUCAAGGAGUAUAUUCGACCCUCAUUGAGAAGGAAAUGGGCAAAGGAAGCCAGUGAUUUGUGAACAGAAAUUCAGUGAACAGUAUUCAGGGCCAUCCAGUCUAGAGUACACUACCCCAGAGUAAAGCAGUGCUCAAUUGCAGAUGACUUUAUUUUACAUAUUGUUAGCUGGAGAACUAACAAUAUGAUAAGCAGAACAGUGACUAGCCUCUGAUCUUCCUCCCCUACAACAUUAUUUUCCAUAACUGUGCAGUACUGUUCACCUGAGAUUGGCCAUAACCAACUUCUCCUUUGCGAAAGGAAAGUAUUCAGGAUGAAGGAGACUGUGACUGUACAAGUAAUUAGCAUGGUGCUUAGUACAAAGCAGAUACUUGGUAAACAAAGCUACUGUGGUUGUUACAAGAUUCUCAAUGUAUUUCCUGAAAAGCCUGGCCCUGUACCCCAUUGCUCCUAGAGUGCUUGGCAGGCAGUAUUCUACACUUGGUUUUCUUUCUAUAAAACCUGAUUGUAAUGGGCACCAUUGUGUGAUGCAGGCAAUUCUACUCAUUUGGUAAAAAGAACAAUAUUACUUCAUAAUGCUGGUGUGUAUUGCAAAGAAGGAAGACUUCCUGUCUCAAUUGUAUUUCAUAAUGGCAAUUCACUUUAAAAAAUGUUUUCACUGUCAUCUUGGAUACAGAAUUCUGCUUGUUGCCUUCGCCUUCUAGCUAGUCACAUUAGGAUCUCAGUUUCUGGCACCAUCUAAGUCUGGCUUCUAGUGCUGUUAGGGUGCUACUCUGGUAUGAGGAGAUACUCUUGCACUGUUUUUUUUUUUAAGCUUUAUUUUGAAAAUAUCUUUUUAAAAGAAAUCUACUGGUUAGAUUUACUGUCUCACAAAAAUGUUUUUUAGAGAUUAUUUUAAAUGGUUUUGGCAAUUUUGGUCUACAAAUGUCUUCUCAUGAUAUUUUUUCAACAUAGAUUCUAUUUACCAAUUUUAAAAGGUACUGAGGAUUGAGGUAUGUAAAGAAGAUGACAUAAACGUGAAAAUUAUGUGCCUACAUAUUUUUGUAAUGAUGUCAAAUAAAUACUUUUUCUUGAAA